AUGAAGGAGACGACGGAUGGUUUGGAUUGUGCGGCUGAGGACAUUGGCGAGUUUGCCAAGGAGUUGGUGGUUUCGAUUCGGAAUAUGGCCCCGGUAGAGGCGGAAGUGGCGCCUAUUUCAAAGACUUUGCGGCAUUUGACGGACUCUGUGGUUGUCGAGGAGGCAAGUGAAGCAACGGUGGAGGCUGCAAUUGAAAAGGAGUGGGAGCACGUGAUCGAGAAGGACUUAAUGUCGGCUUUGGUGGAUGAGACGACUGUGGUUGCCAAGCCCGUGGUUGCUACUCCAGUCGUUAUGGAGCCGGUGGUUGCCGCUCCAUCGAUGGAUGAAAUCAAGUGGUCGGAGGAGCUCUUUAUGGUACGUAACAUCUUUCAGGUUAUGGAAACGUUCGGGGCUGUAGACUGUCUGGAGCGGUGCAACGGUAACGUGCUGGUAGUGGUGAGUGCUUUGAUGGAAGCGAGUGCAAAGGCUCUAGUUGCAGCCAACUAUCAAGAGCGCCCAGCAGACUUGAUAAUCUAA